AUGGAAGAGAGCAAGAUUCGAGUACGGGAUAUGGGGAAGUAUUUCACUAGGAAGUCGAGGAUUCGCAUCCUAGCCGAUAGAGGCCCCGAGCCUGACCCUUUGGAAUCUCUCCUUUUCGCGACCUCCGUUGGCGUACCGUCCGGAGUUAGCAGCUCCGUCCGUGCCAUCCGACAGGCUCGGGCCUCGCGGCUCGCCGCGGCACAGCGGAAGUUUCCUGCGGCACAUCUUCUGCUCUUGUGCGUCUUCGGCACCUGCUCUCUGUCGAUCUUUCUCCUGCUGGGAGCCGGGCUUGCUGGUUUCGAGGCGUUCGAAGCAAGCAAGCCUGGUCAUCUGCUCGCUAUCCUCGCUCCCUUGUUUGGGCUUCUGGUCUCCGUUCAAGCUUUGACAGCUGCCGUCCUCCGGGAGCUUUCCUUGCCAGGAGGGAGCAAGUUCUUUCGAGCCCAAGACGUCGUGGAGGAAAGCCUUGCCGGCCUGCUCACUGAUCUCCGCCAGCGGAGAUCGAACCUGAUCGGCUAA